AUGGGUAUUGACAUCAAGAAACACCACGUAAGAAAGAGGAAUAGAACAGAACCAAAAAGUGAAGAUGUUUAUCUCAGGUUAUUAGUUAAGCUUUAUAGAGUUUUAGCGAGAAGAACAGACUCUAAGUUUAAUAAAGUGAUAUUAAAACGACUAUUUAUGUCACGAGUGAAUAGACCACCAAUUUCAAUUUCUCGACUAAUUUGUAAUUUGGAAAAGCAUUCAGGUAAAAUUGCGGUGGUAGUUGGAACAGUAACAGAUGAUAAUCGAGUAUUAGAUAUACCAAAAAUAUCAGUUGCAGCGCUCAGAAUAACAAAAACAGCUAAAGCGAGAAUUUUAAAAGUUGGUGGCGAAGUACUCACACUAGAUCAAUUGGCUUUACGUUCACCAACCGGUUCUAAUACUGUACUCUUACGAGGUCCUAAAUCUAGAGAAGCCAUUAGACAUUUUGGGAUGGGCCCACAUAAGAACGCCAAACCUUAUGUUCGUGCAAAGGGAAGGAAAUUUGAGAAAGCACGUGGUCGUAGAGCUUCUCGUGGUUUCAAACCGUGA